AUGGCUAAUAAUCAACCGGUGAAAGUGAGAGAGGUUGCAGUGCCUCGUAUGGCAGAUGUCACUUCAAGCAUUGUCAAGCCCACCAUCGAAGGGCACUUUGAGCUGAAGCAUCCUAUGAUUCAGCUACUUCACUCUAGUGGGCAAUUCACGGGAAUGUCACAUGAGGAUCCUCAGCGUCACAUUCGUACUUUUCUGCAGAUUGUCGAUACUUUUGCUACUGGAAGGGUCACUAAAGAAUAUGUGCGACUAACACUGUUCCCCUUCUCUCUAUUGGGGAAUGCAACAAAGACCGCUCGCCCCCGAAGGGAGAUCAUGUCAUUCAGGCAGAAAAAUAGAGAAAAUUUGUAUCAAGCCUGGGAGAGGUUUAAGGGUUUGCUCAGAGAUUGUCCUCACCACCAUCAGACGAAUGAAGUUCUGGCACACACUUUUAUUGAGAGUCUGGAUGCCCAACAUAAGUCAUCACUAGACACUGCUGAGGAGGGCAGGUUCACUCAGAGCACGCCAGACUGGCAGGAUGAUGCAGCUAGCAGUUCAGUUAGGAAAGCACCGGGCAUCUUUGAAGUAGAUAAUUUUACAACAUUAUCAGCACAGAUUGAUGCCAUGCGCACCGACCUCAGGAAGUUAGCUGCGUCGCAAGCUCCACCACAGGUGCAUGCAGUGCAGCAAGCCAUAGUCUUUUGUGAUAUCUGCGGAGAGGGUCACAACAGUGAUGAAUGCCCUGCAAAUCCCGCAUCCAUAUACUUUGUGGGUAAUGCAGGCAAGGGGCAAGGAAACAACAAUCAAUACGGAAAUUCCUACAACCUAAAUUGGAGGAACCACCCGAAUUUCAGGUGGAGUGACAACUCAGGUAAUCAGAAGCAGAACUAUCAGUCAGCACUUGCUCCUCAAGCUCCCACAAACAGUAUGGAAGAGAUGAUGAAAAAGAUGAUGGGUGACAUGCAGAAGAUGAUGAUAGACCAGCAGAAGUUGAUAGCAGAUAAUCAGAAUCACGAUUUGGCUGUGCGGAAUUUAGAGAGGCAGAUGGGACAGAUAGCUGGUGCACAAAAUACUAGACCUCCUGGGGGACUUCCAAGUGACACAGAUGUGAAUGCCAAGCCUUGCAAUGCUGUAACUCUGCGAAAUGGGCGAGAACUAGAGGAAGUGACUUCAAAGAAAACUGGUCGAGUAGAGGGUGAAAAAGAGAAGGCAGUCAAGGCAGCAGUGGCAAAGCAGCCAUAG